GUGGUGGGUUUGGAGUCAGACUUCUCUCCUGUGUGAUUUGGAUUGGAACUGCCCAGCAUAGGAUCCUCUGCAGCAGGUCCCUGUGUUGUGCCGUGUAGCUGGGUGUCAUGACGGUCACAUACACAGCACGGGUGGCAAAUGCACGAUUCGGUGGGUUCUAUAAGCUCCUGCUGCUAUGGAGAGGCAGCAUUUACAAGCUAUUGUACAAAGAGUUUCUGGCCUUCUUUCUCAUGUAUCUGACGCUCAGUAUUACAUACAGGUUCCUACUCAAUGAGAAUCAGAAACGCAGCUUUGAAAAAGUGUCAAUUUACUGCAACAACUACGCCAAUCUCAUCCCGGUUUCCUUCGUGCUGGGUUUCUAUGUCACCCUGGUUGUGAACAGGUGGUGGAACCAGUAUCUGUGCAUGCCAAUGCCAGACCGGGUCAUGUGUGCCAUCACUGCUACAGUACACGGUACGGACGAGCGGGGGAGGAUGUACCGACGGACGCUCAUGCGUUAUUGCAGCCUGUCUGGAUUACUCAUCUUGCGAUCUGUCAGCACAGCGGCCUUUAAGAGGUUUCCAACUAUAGACCAUGUUGUAGAGGCCGGGUUUAUGACUCGCUUUGAACGGAAGAAGUUUGAGAAUCUGCGCUCGUCCUAUAACAAAUACUGGGUUCCGUGUGUUUGGUUCUGCAGUCUGGCCAAUCAGGCCCGGAAUGAGGGGCGAAUUCGCGAUGACCAGGCCUAUAAGAUGCUCAUAGAGGAGUUAAAUGCUUUCCGUGGAAACUGUGGUAUGCUCUUCCACUAUGACUGGAUAAGUGUCCCCCUGGUGUACACCCAGGUAGUAACGAUUGCCGUAUACAGCUAUUUUCUCACCUGUCUGAUUGGACGUCAGUUUUUGGAUACGUCCCAGGGGUACCCCGGCCACGACCUGGACCUCUAUGUCCCCGUCUUCACCCUCCUUCAGUUCUUUUUCUAUACCGGCUGGCUGAAGGUGGGAGAGCAGCUGAUUAAUCCAUUUGGUGAGGAUGAUGAUGACUUUGAAACCAAUUUCUUAAUUGACCGGAAUUUCCAGGUGUCUAUGAUGGCAGUUGAUGAGAUGUAUGAUGAUGUUCCUAUUUUGGUGAAGGAUCGAUACUGGAAUGAUUCAGAUCCUCGCCCACCAUACACAGCAGCUACCUUAUCCCAGAAGUACCUACCUUCCUUCCAGGGAUCCACAUUUGACAUGGCGAUCGCCAAGGAGGACAUGCAGUUCCAACAGCUCUCAGAAAUAGAGGAACUGAACGAAGAGACUAUAUCCUCCCAAUUUCCGUUGCUGAGCCGACUCUUGCAAGGCGUGGGCGCUUCUCCGCUGGCCUCCUCUGUUGCUCUCAGUGCGGCAUUUGUACCACCUGGCAGUCGCUCGUCGCUUCUCAAAAGGUCAAUUAAUAAUAUUUGGGGAUCUUCUAAUAGCUUGUACCAGGAGAACUCUCAGGAUCUACUCCCCGAGCCACUGGCAGAAGCGGAUGAAGGACAACCCAUUACCCCAUUGUUUCAUAUUGAAUCUCAGCAAUUCCUUGUUCCUUCUAAAGAGGCAGCUCCUUCGUUGGUAGACACCAUCCAGGCCUCCCAAGAUGGGGAAACCACCGCUUGAUGAUGGGUUUCUUCAAACCGCCCAGCCGUUUAGGUUAGAUGUUGUCAGGCUGAACCACAUUAUUCCUAUAAAUCUGGUGAUGAGAGUUCUCAGCUCUGCAUAGCAUUUACAGACAUUACCCUUGUGUUUCCUGUUAGCCUGGACUGUUCAGUUAUGUUACAAAAAGAACCCAUUUAUAGAUUGCCAGUUUGCCCUUUAAGUGAUACUGCCAAACCUUCCCCCCACCUUUCCGGAGUCGCACCCACAUUUUUCAUGCUUCCACUUUUUUGAUGUUUUUGGGUCAGUCAUGUGAUAAACGGGGUCCUUUUCGCUUCUUCUCCAGUGUUGGAUAGUCUACAAUGAUGCAGAGGCCAUUGCUGUCGUAAAUAACGCUCGUGCUAUUCUCUGCGUAAUUGUACUCGGAGUACACUGGUGGUGCCCCUUCAAGGAGCGGGUCCAUGACACCUUGCACUCAGAGGGUUUGGGUUGAGUGAUCCUAUGUGUUAAGAGAGAGCACUUGCUUUGCCUCGUCCAUAAAUAAUUAUGGGAAUACAAAAAAAGGGUAGCCCCAGGUCAGACAUUAACGGCACAGUAAACCGUAAGGAUAUAGAAAGAUAAUCCUUAUUAAAACAUGGACACAUACAUGGUAUACAAAGGGACAUGAAAAAAGGUUAAAAACCCAUAUACACAGAGAUACGUAGUAUACGAUGUAAGCCCAAGUGUAUUAACACGUUUCGCUUCAUCAGGACACAUUCGGGAUUCCUUGGUUGCAAGAAAAAGGAAAAAUGGGUCUUGUAUCUAAAAACAAAAUGAUAUAUUUAUAAUUGGAAUAACACACAUUUUUUUUGGGAAGCACUAUUUUUCUAUAUUCUUAUUGUUCACUGUGCCGUUAAAGUCCGACCUAGGGCCACCCUUCUGGUCUCCAUUUUUUGUGAUCCUAUGUGGUCUUUAACCUGGAGGAGAACCGGUACUUAAUUACAGAGUGGGCAGUCAUCAGGGGACAGCAACAGAUAGGAGGUGAGUAUUGCAAGAGCUACUUUUAAUCUUAGAACAGUGUGGGCACUGAGAUCCACCUAUCUCUAUCGCCAUCGUAAAAUAAAUAAAAAUAAACCCUGGAGUUGGACAUUGAAGAUAUCAAGCUAAACUAUCUAGCAAACAAAGUACAAAUGGCUGCCUGCGCACACUUUUUAUUUAUUUAUUUUGCGG